GAAUGGGGAUCGUAGACGGUAGCAGUAUAUCAACAUGCUUUGAUUAUGUAUUGAGCCCUUGAGUAGACGACUGCCAGUAAGUGAGCAUCUCAUGUACAUGUACUGCUGCUGUGUGACCCCUGAGGCGCAUCUCCACAGACGACAACGACGACCAAGAACUCUCAUCCCUUCUCUUCAGCAGCUUCUAUCAGACGCUCUCCCUCUCUUUCAACGCUCUCUAGCUACCCCUACCCCUAUCUCUGUAAUCGAACGCGCACAUACACUUCAACAGUUCACCGCGCAGAGUACCAUGCCGGGACUUACUUUUGGCGCCCACACUGCCGUUGACCUCAUCGAGGACAGUGAUACAGUCAUGCGUAUCCCUACGAAGUCAUCCACUCAACUAGACUCGACCUUAUGCAACUCCACAGACCUCAUCUACACGCAUAAGCCACGAUGCAGUACAGACACGUCUACAUGCAACUUCUUUGUGAGACUCGUGCCAGAUGCAUCCGACAAGGACAAGGAGACCCCUUCUGAUGCUGCUGAGGUUGAUGAGGAGGAGUUUUCUGGUAUCCAUGCGAAAGCGCUCUUUGCAUCACGGGUCUUGGGCGAUAUGCUACGAAACGUUGAAGUCAACAGGCAAGAAGAAGUCACUAUCCCCAUGUAUGGCGAAAACAAGGAAUCUCUCAAUCGCCUCCUUCGUUGGCUCUUUCGAAGUCAACUCGACAGCAUCUUCACCUUUGAUCGGAAUAUUUGGAAGUAUGCUCGAUUGGCGGAUAAGUAUGAUAUACCGUUGCUACGUGCGGAGAUUGAACAGUUCUACACGAAUACGUGGCCUCCUGGUUGUGAUGACUUGCGCUCACAGUUUGUGAUUUUCAAUGAGUCUUGUCGGUAUCAUCUGGCUUGCAGGGAUAGCUACCUCGAUGUGAUUAAGCGUCAUCGCGUUGAUUUCUUCAAGUAUGUCGACAUGUGUCUUGUUGCUCGCUAACAUAGUAGGACGGGGUUCCUUGCCAAGUUGAUGGACAUUGAUUUGCACAUGGCACGUAAGCUGGCUCAGUGACGGA